AAAAUUGCACUUGAAUAUUUUCUAAUUCUUAAGGGUAUUAGAAAAAAAGAUAAAUAACAUUUAAAAAAGCAUUUAAUAUUGCACUUUAACAUUAUUAUCAAAAAUUGUUUCGAGGAAAACAGAACAUUUCAAAAAAGCAAAUAAAUUGCUCUCAAUUAAAUAAAAAACAACAACAAAAUAUAAAGCAAAAACAAAAAGGUAAACAAAGAAAGCAGAAAAAAUACUCAUAGACAAACAUUGGAAGAUUAUUUUGUCGUUUUUUUACAUUUUGGGAUUUCUAUAAUUAUUGUGUGUACAUAUUCUUUUGUAAGAAGUGCAACGAGACAGAUUUAUCAGUCGGUCGCUUGAUCGUUCGAUUUUUGGUAACAUUUUGUCAAAUAUCAUUGUACUCACUGCCGUGUAAAGUUUAUCUAGUCGCCAAUAAUUGAAGCAAUCGGUUACUGAACUCAAUAUUUUCUAAAUUAUGGGUCGUGUAUUUUUGGAACAUUUAGGUGGCACACGUCUAUUUAAUUGUGCUCAAUGUCAAACAAACUUAACUAAUCGAAAUCAGCUAAUAAGUACUCGAUUCACUGGAGCUACGGGACGAGCUUAUCUCUUUAAGCGCGUAGUCAAUUUAACCUUUAGCAAUAUCCAGGAGCGUGUUAUGCUUACUGGAAGACAUAUGGUACGCGAUGUAAUGUGCAAAAAUUGUAGUGUUAAACUGGGCUGGAUGUACGAGUAUGCAACAGAUGAGGCUCAAAAAUAUAAAGAAGGCCGAGUUAUUUUAGAAUAUGCCCUGAUCAGUGAAAUUGAAGGUUUCCCCGAAAGUAUUACACCAGUUCAUUGAUUAAUUGGAACAUCCAAUUCACAUAGAACUACAAUCUCUAGUUUGCUCUCACUUUAAUACUUAAUUAAUUUAAAUUUAAAUAAAUACUUUAAUCUUAAUUUAUGUUCUUCAAAUAAAACUCUAAUAUAAAAAAAAACGAGAAAAAAUCUAAAAAAAAUAAGUUUUUAUAAGAUAAGUAUUUAAGCAUCUUAUUUUAAGCCUUUACACCAAAUCUAUUAAAAAAACAUUUAGUUAGUAUAGUUUCUUUUUCAAAAUUAUCAACUAAUUUUAAGUUAACGGAGGCUUUAAAGCUUAACGUACAUUAAUGAAAUUUAAAAAAAAAACUUUAAUUUUUCUCAAAAA